GGGCUGGGGCCACUGGGGACGACUGCUUAAGAGCCAGCGCCUCUGCGCCUUGGAGUUGAGCGCAGAGCCUGGAAGAAGGAGAAUCCGCGGGCGCGCCGGUUCGUUUUUGGACCAGAUCGUUCCCACUCUCCAGGCAGCCAAUUAACUGGAUGCAGCUGGACUUGUAAAAAAGGCUUUCCUAAGAUGCAGAGGAAGAGACACAGCAAGACACAGACUGUAUCUCAAGUGUUUACCUAUGGGACAAAUAGCUUUUGAAUGUUGUACUAUUCUAAGCAAAUGCUGUACAAGUGUUUGUUUUUAUGCUGGUCUACAUAUGAGAACGUGUUGGAGACUGUCAUCAACAGCUGUGUAUCUGCAUGGAUAACAUAAUAGUAUAUUUCCCCCCCCCCCCCCAUGGAUGCCAUGGUAUGAAUUGCUGAAGAAAAAUGGCAGUAUUUGACUCCUGUGUGUCAAGAUGUUUUCUGAAGAAACAUCAGCAGCAGUUGGUCUCUGGCAUUGGUGCCUGUCACCAACAGUGAUAGAGCAAUAAAGCACCCUAAAUGCUCAUUAUAAAACCACAAGGAAGUCAAACUGCAUGCAACUCUCUUGCAAAAAUUUAAGAAAGCACCUCUAGGGAAUAGUAUCCAGUGUUUUCCUUUUGACACAUGAAGAAGAAAUGACGGAUAGCAAAAAUCCUUGGAAUAGAAGUACGUAUGUUCCUGCUUCUGUGGAGCUUCUAAGUAUAAAUUAUGAUAUUAUACAGAAACACUGUAAGAGCAGCGCUACACACAACCACUUAUAUAAAUCAUGUAAUUCUUUAGCCAAGGGAGAGAAAUAUUCAGAAACUGGAAUUCAUUCCCUGGAAAGAACCAUGUAUGCUGACAUUCAGUUAAAAACGGAUGGCUCUCAAGCAGAACUGCAGUCAUUAAGAAAUCAGUCUUCAGUAAAUGGAAACGAACCCGAAAGUAGCGGGUUAAAUUAUGUCAAGGACAAAAAUAAUAUUUCAGACACUUUCUGUGCUUUGCAUAACACUUUCAUUUGGAAUGGCUGCUUAGAAUCGGGAAAGGUCUGUAAUGAUUUCAGCAAUGACUCUAUAUCUUGCACUUGUAAAUUAAUGAAAUUACCAACUACCUGUGGAAAUAAGACUGGACAACGGCUGUGCGAUACCUCUGCCACUUCAAGGGACAGCUUGUGUUUGGAAAGAGCAACCCCAAAACUGAAUGUGGCAUGCUCAGGUCGCGCUUCCUCAAGUUCUAACUUCACUGGAAGAAUGCUUCCAAAGCCCUUUCUGAGCCAAUGUGAAAACUUCAGCGAAAGUUGUGAAGAGGAGAUAGAGGAGGAUUUUUAUCCGAGUAAGAAGGAGCGCUCCACCUUGUUAGUCAGAAGAUUCUGCAAAAAUGAUAAGGAGGUUAAGAAAUCAGUCUAUACUGGAACAAGAGCAAUCGUUAGGACUUUGCCGUCAGGGCACAUAGGAACUGUUGCUUGGAAUUGGGUUGACCAGAGGAGAGCCAACAGUGAUUUGAGACACUGCAGGAUUACAUCAGAACCUCUAACAUCGAUUCAAGUUUUGAUAAGCCAACGGUUAAGCUGCUUCUUUCUACAGACGAUGAGGCCUGGGAGCUUCAAAUCAACGAAAGGAGCAGAAGAUACUUUGGAAUAUUUCUCCCACCGUGUGAGGGAACCACUAGCACACCGUGCAAACUGCUGCUGCAGAGGCAAUUGCUCUUGCAUAAAACCAUGUAUUCAAAGCCCUGCUGAGUAUCGUGCUACCUUAUGCAGGACCUCACUUUCAAAUUUUAUCAGCGGUGCUCUGCUAGAAGCAACUACAUCAUUGGGAGCAAGAAGUGGUGCACUGCAUAUUGUAGGAGGAUCAACUGGGAGGACCAUGUUGAAAGAACGACACUUGAGCUCAUCUAUGGCUGGAUCAAAUACCCUUCCUUCUGCUGUGGCUGGUAUCAGCAAAGAACUUGUAGAACUUCAGCAUCUCAUUCAGUUUCCAGAGGAGGUUGCUAGUAUUCUGACUGAGCAAGAGCAGGAUCUCUACAAAAAAAUAUUGCCCAUUGACUACCUAUGCUUCUUAACCAGAGAUCUGGGCAAUGCAGAAUUCCAGAGCAACCUUCCAACUAUUAAAGCUUCUGUUUCUGCAUCUCUUCUUUCCUCUCCAAAUGGGGAAUACAAUGCAGUUGAAGAUCUGGUGACAAGAUUCAAUGAGGUGAGCUCUUGGGUGACGUGGCUGAUUCUGACUGCAGGAUCUAUGGAGGAAAAACGUGAAGUCUUCUCAUAUGUGGUACAUGUGGCAAAAUGCUGCUGGAACAUGGGCAACUACAAUGCUGUCAUGGAGUUCUUGGCAGGGCUCAGGUCAAGAAAGGUUUUAAAAAUGUGGCAAUUCAUGGACCAGUCUGAUAUUGAAACUAUGCGAAGCUUGAAAGAUGCUAUGGCUCAGCAUGAAUCAUCAUCGGAAUAUAGAAAAGUUAUCAACAGGGCUCUGAAUAUCCCAGGCUGUAAAGUUGUUCCUUUCUGUGGUGUAUUUUUAAAAGAACUCUGUGAAAUUCUGGAUGGCACUGCAAGCCUCAUCAGGCUCUGUCCUCAGUAUAACUCUCAGGAUGAAACACUACAGUUUGUUGCGGAAUACAACGGCCAAGAUAACUAUUUACAACGGGUAGGUCAAGAUGGCUUACAUAACACAGAAAAAGAAUCAGCAGCUAACUAUAUCUUCCAAACCAUACGGAGUUGUAACCGCAGCUUGGAAUCUGAAGAUGGAGAAGACAGUUUUAUUGAAUAUGAAAAUGGAAAUUCCAGAAGAAAUUCCUUGAAGGACAGAAACCGUUAUCAGUUUAUCACUGGAGAUCUGUCGGAUUCUGAAAGUGACAUAUUUGAACAGUCCAAGGAAUGGACCAUACAGACUGCUGAAGAACAGCAACAAGCUUACACCCAUGGAAUAGAGCUGAUUCCCUGGUACGUGCUGUCAAUCAGAGCUGAUGUUCACCAGUUCAUGCUGCAUGGGGCAACAGUAAUACAUUAUGACCAAGAGAUGCAUUUGUCAGCCCGCUGCUUUCUUCAGGUCCAGCCUGACAACAGUACAUUAACAUGGAUGAAAUCCAAUGCUGCUGGCUCUGCAAAUUCUAAAGCGAAAACGAACAUACUUGGUAGCACUUCUGAACUUGGUAAAUUUCAAUUUCUUGGCAAUACUGGAUUAAACGGACUGGUGGAAGGCUGCUUAGACCUGUUUUCAGCAAAAGCGGUAUAUAUGGGCCACUCUGGCAUCGAUAUACACACUGUCUGCAUUCAAAAUAAACUUUGCAAUAUGUCCCUUGAAGAGAACGGUGUAACGCUCUUAUAUGGGCUUCAGACUACUGAAAACAAGUUGUUACACUUCGUGGCUCCAAAAUAUACUGCCAGAAUGCUUUUUGAUGGAUUGCUGGAACUAAUGAAAGCUGUCAGGAAAAUGAAGAAGUUCCCUGAUCAGAGAAUGCCGUGGCUGCGGAAGCAAUACGUCAGCCUCUUUCAGGAGGAUGGCAGAUAUGAAGGCCCAACCUUGGCUCAGGCUGUUGAGCUGUUUGGAGGGAGACGCUGGAGCUUAAGAAAUGCUAGUCCAGGAAACCUGACCAAAGGCCCAGAGAAACCAAGUGUGCAAAGAAACAACACUUUGGGAAUAAGCACUGCCAAGAAAAAGAAGAAAAUGCUCAUGAGGGGUGAAAGCGGAGAUGCCACUGAUGAUGAGAUGGUAACUCGAAAAGUCAGACCGUACAGAGAAAAUCGGAGCAGAAGUGGCUCAGAUCCUCAAGAUAUUGAUGAACAAGAAGAAAUGGAAGCAAACCUUGCUGGUACCAGCAUUCUGCCUUCCAAAAGAGCACAGUCUUUGUCUACCUCAGCUUCAUCUAAUGUAGCGUCCGGGUUAUCAUCACCUGGCAGGCCAUUAUCAUCUCCUGUGAUAUCAUCUUCAACAAAAAGCCAACUUAGUGGAUGGAGCAGCAGCAGUUGGCAUGGAAAGGUUAAAGGAGGAUUGAAAGGCUUCCAAAAUUUUAUGGAUUCUGACAGCAGCAUGACUUUUGUUGAAUUUGUGGAGCUCUUCAAGUCUUUCAGUGUUCGAAGCCGCAAGGAUCUGAAAGACCUCUUUGAUAUGUAUGCUGUGCCCUGCAGUCGACUGGGGUCUGAUUCUGUUCCACUGUAUACCUCUCUAAAGAUUGAUGAGAACACUAAUGGCUUCCAGCCUGAUUUUGAUUUACUGACAAGGAACAUAUCAGAUUUGUUCAUUAAGAGUAGACAGCAGCUAUCAGACAACCAGCGACAAAUAUUUGAUGCAGUUGCUGCAGCAAGCAUUGUUACUAAUGGCACUGGAGUAGAAAGUGCUUCUUUAGGAAUAUUUGGUAUGGGCAUCCAGCAACUCAAUGACUUCCUAGUAAAUUGCCAAGGAGAACACUACACAUAUGAUGAAAUCUUCAGUAUUAUCCAGAAGUUUGAACCUAGUACCAAUAUGUACCAGCAAGGAUUAAUGUCAUUUGAAGGAUUUGCACGAUUUUUGAUGGAUAAAGAUAACUUUGCGUCUCUGAACAAUGAGUCUCAAGAAAAUGUAGAAGAUAUGGCAUACCCCCUAUCGUAUUAUUUCAUUGAGUCCUCGCAUAAUACAUACCUCACAGGACAUCAGCUAAAAGGAGAAUCCUCAGUAGAGCUUUACAGCCAGGUUCUCUUACAAGGGUGUAGGAGUGUGGAACUAGACUGUUGGGAUGGUGAUGAUGGAAUGCCUGUCAUUUAUCAUGGUCAUACACUCACCACUAAGAUUCCUUUUAAGGACAUAGUUGAAGCUAUUGAUCGUAAUGCCUUUAUCACCUCUGAUAUGCCAAUCAUCAUAUCUAUUGAGAACCACUGUUCCUUGCCCCAGCAACGAAAAAUGGCUGACAUUUUCAAGAAUACAUUUGGCGAUAAGUUGGUAACUCGAUUUUUAUUUGAGAGUGACUUCUCUAAUGAUCCAAUGUUACCAUCUCCCCUUCAACUGAAAAGGAAAAUUCUGCUUAAAAAUAAAAAGCUUAAAGCACAUCAAACACCAGUGGAUAUACUAAAACAAAAGGCUCACCAGCUCGCAUCCAUGCAAGCUCUGGCAAGCAAUGGUGGGAAUCCAGGAAACCUGCCCACAACAAAUGAAGAGGAGGAGGAUGAAGAAGAUGAAUACGACUAUGAUUAUGAAUCUCUGUCUGAUGCUGAUGUCCUUAAUGCUUCUCCUGCUCCUAACUGCCAGGAAGAUAACAUUCUAGAAGACCGACCUGAGAACAAAUUAACCAUUGAUAAGCUUCAGUUUGAAUACAGUGAAGAAACUACCAAGAGAAUAAAGAAAACGGAUAGCAAUACACUCAGCAAUAAAGGAAAGGUUUACGACAUGGAGUUGGGUGAAGAAUUUUAUCUUUCUCAAAAUAAGAAAGAAAGUAGACAAAUUGCACCAGAACUGUCAGAUCUUGUCAUUUAUUGUCAAGCUGUGAAAUUUCCUGGCUUGUCGACUCUGAAUCCAUCUGGCUCUAGCAGAGGGAAGGAAAGAAAGAGCAGGAAGUCCAUUUUUGGCAACAAUCCUGGGAGACUGAGCCCAGGGGAGCCGGUGAUGCUUGCCAAAGCAUCUGGAAAAGGUUCCUUUGAUAGUGUACGACAGAUGGGGGAAGAGCCUGCUUUCAUCCCUACGACUUCCCUCAGUUCUAUCAUAAGGACUCCUAAAUGCUACCAUAUCUCCUCUCUAAAUGAAAAUGCUGCCAAGCGCCUGUGCAGGCGAUAUUCUCAGAAACUGAUCCAGCAUACCACCUGCCAGCUCCUGAGAACGUAUCCGGCAGCGACACGCAUUGACUCCUCCAAUCCUCACCCCCUUAUGUUCUGGCUGCAUGGGAUACAGUUAGUAGCACUGAACUACCAAACUGAUGAUCUUUCCCUGCACCUGAAUGCAGCUAUGUUUGAAGCAAAUGGUGGCUGUGGGUAUGUUCUGAAACCACCUGUGUUAUGGGAGAAGAACUGUCCAAUGUAUCAAUACUUUUGUCCCUUAGAACGAGAUUUGGACAAUAUGGAUCCAGCUAUUUACUCAUUGACUAUUGUGUCUGGACAGAAUGUUUGUCCUGGUAAUAGCACAGGAAGCCCAUGUAUUGAAGUUGAUGUGCUUGGAAUGCCCCUGGACAGCUGCCAUUUCCGCACUAAGCCCAUUCAUCGUAAUACUCUCAACCCAACGUGGAAUGAACAGUUUCUUUUCAGGAUUCAUUUUGAGGAUCUCGUCUUCCUUCGUUUUGCAGUUGUUGAAAACAGUAGCUCAGCUGUGUUGGCUCAAAGAAUUAUUCCUCUGAAGGCUCUAAAAAGAGGGUACAGGCAUCUUCAACUGAGAAGCCUGCAUAAUGAAGCAUUAGAAAUCUCAAGUUUGUUCAUUAACAGUCGGAGAAUGGAAGAAAAUCCCUGUGGAAAUGUCAUGCCUGCUUCUUUGCGGUUCAGCACGGCCGAGAAAAGGUCCGCUGCAGUAUCCAAGGUCACAAUUCACGGAGUUCCAGGCCCAGAACCAUUCACUGUUUUUACCAUAAGAGAAGGAACAUCCACAGCACAGCUUCUGCAUCAUAUUCUGGCUACUACAAAAGGCAUUGGAAAUUAUCCCACAGACUAUUUUUUGAUGGAGGAGAAAUGCUUCAUAUCUAAAGAAAGAAAUGAGUACAGGAAGCCACCGUUCCAAAGAGUUCUCAGUCCGGAGGAGGAGAUCGUCCAGCUCUUGAACAGCUGGUUUCCAGAAGAAGGCUAUGUUGGAAGAAUUAUCUUUAAAACCCGCGAGGAAAGCUUGAAUAGAAGAAAUCUCUUUCAGGAGGAGAAAGAUGAGGCCAUCACUAGCUCUGAGGACGACUGUUUCUUUGUCCAAGUUCAUGAUGUUUCCCCUGAACAGCCUCGGACGGUCAUCAAAGCUCCUCGCUUCAGUACCGCCCAGGAUGUCAUCCAACAGGCCUUAUGUAAAGCCAAAUAUUCCUACAGCAUUCUAAGCAAUCCCAACCCAAGUGAUUAUGUCCUCUUGGAGGAAGUGACGAAAGAGUCCACAAAUAAGAAGACAUCGACCCCCAAAACCUCUCAGAGGAUUCUUUCUGACCAAGAGUAUGUGUUCCAGGUUCAAAACAAGUGGAGAGGAGCUGGGAAAUUUAUCCUUAAACUUAAAGAACAGGUCCAAGCCAGUCGUGAAGAUAAGAGAAAAGGCCUCUCAAUUGCUAAUGAGCUUAAGAAACUGGCCAAAUCAAAGCAGUACAGGGGCUUUAUAACCGCACCUCUGACAACUUCCCCAGAGGGUCCCCAAGGUAAAGAUGAAAAGGCUGCUUGCAGUUUGACCUUCAGUGACAUUAUGGAAUAACCUUCAGUGUUUUGUAUUCAGGGAAUUUAUAACUGCAACAACGUGACGACAAAAUGAAGCUGAGGAAAACAGAGAAUAUGAUGGAUCCCAUCUUUCUGCUGGAGAAGUUGCUUGCUUGGAUCUGGUAACUGGAACAUGCACCGGAAAUGCCUAAACAAGUCACACAGAUAUGUGGAGAAAAAUCCCUGCUUUGGAACUGAUGGUCCCAGCAAUGGUUUGGCCUCUCUUCCAGGUGUGGUCGAGAUGCUGCUUUUGGUGGCAGUGGCCAAUCUGUGAAUGGUUUUGAGUCUUUCAGAAAGAAGAUUCCUUCCUUCUUCACAUCCAAACUUAGAAGAUUGAAACAGGCAUCUAAAUGGAGACCUUACAGUGUAAGGUUACAGUGUCAGCAGAAUAAAUUAUUUUACUUAAGCAUCUUAAGGGAAAAUGAAGGCUGAGGAUGUGCUAUAGCGUGUUAUAUAGAAACAAUGCACUUUUAAUUUUUAAAAAUUCCUUCUACACACAGUUUUAGGUGAUGGUAGGCAUAGUUAGGUAAACUGUUACUCACAGAUUUCAGUACAGUCGAUAUACAGAGCUGUUAUGGUUUGUCUAAUGUCCAUGUACAGCCAGUGUACAUACCUCAAUAGUUAUACUUUGUUUAGAAGCAACAUUUCUUCAUGCAGUGUAUCUUGAUAUUCCUGUUUAUUAUUUAUUUUAAAGUCCAAGGUAUUUGCCACUGUACAAUGUAUUUAUCACGCCUACAUAGCUUUGCAGAAAAUUCCUACUUAUCUCUCAAUUUAGAAGAGAAAUGCUUCAUUUUAGUAAAAAGUACUUUCAGGAAAGAAAAAUCUUUAUAAUAUUGGUCACCUGAGAUAUUAAACCUAACCACUUGAAGUUUUGCUUCUGAAUUGUUAAUAGAAACAUCAAUGUAGUACUGAAGUUAUAAAAAUAUUUUCAAGAUGUGUUUAGUACUUCUGUAGCAGGCAGCAUUAUUUAAAGAGUUUUUAAUCUUUAACAUAGAAGACCUACAUUAUUCUGUUGUUUUCAGUAUAUACCUUGUUUCCAUUUACAUAGAAUUCCUUAUAAAGAUGUGUAUAUGUUUGCAAACUCAUGAGCUUCUGACUGUUUUGUAAGGCUUUUUAUAAGGCUGUUAGUGCUGGUUGUAAUUUUUCUUCUUUUGUUAAUGUACUAAGUGCUAUUAAAAGCCAUUACCUGCACAAAACAAUACACGUCAGGUUGCAAUAGUUUCAAUAAUUAUGGUGCAAAUUAAACUGUUCAAUACAAGGGUCUUGCAGAACUGCCAGCUAUAGCAGUGCACCUGCUGUCCACUAGGGUCUUAGCAUAUAAAUAAAUUACAAACAGUCUGUCAGUUCAAAGGAAGCAUGAGAAACAGAUUGAACCUGAAUGGAAUGUAAAACCUUAAUCUGAUUGGACAGUCUACAAAGCUUGAUUUUCAUUGCCUGCAAAAUGUAUUGUUUACCUCCAACAGGAGAGAAAGAAAAGAGACUAUGAUGAGGCAAAAAAAUCAGGUUUGUACUAAUGUGAGGAAACAUGAUCUGUACUUAAACCUAGAAAAGAAUGUUGUUUGUUUACAUUUAGUCCAUAAAUUUGACAGCGGAACAGCCUUACCAGAAAAAUCCCUGGACCACCAGAAAAGUGUCUAUGGGCAGACAGGGCCCCCUUGAGCAGUGAUGCUAGAUGAUAAUCUUGACCUGUGACCCCUGUAAAGGAAAUAGACUUGUUCCAAGUUCUCAUGGAUCUUUCCAGCUGAGACAAGACAAAUCUGAGAUCUUUUUAAAACCUAAGUGUUUUAGCUAAAAUUGUGGUGGUAUGAAGAUACUUCUGUGAAUACACUAUGUUUUUGCAGUUGCAUUUUUGAUAAAGCUCAUGCCUCAGAGCGCAGUCCAGUUUACAUGAAAUAAUUUUACAUUGUAUAGGUAUGGAGCAGGAUU